GCUUCUAUCAAGCACCAGUUAGGGAGAAGGAGGUAUUUCGGUGUGCUGCACCCUUCACACGGGUUUCUGUUCUAGUGUCUGGGGUUAAUCUGUCUUGGUUCGUAAUCCUCAUCAACGUACAUGCACUGUGAUGUCCGCGACGGACUGGUAUGCGCACAAGUCGCUCGAAAACGGCCUGUUUUGGAUCCAGGAGCGUUUUUACGCAUCGGGGAACAGAGCUAACAUCUGGCUGAUUCGCGGAUCUCACCAGGACGUGCUGAUCGACGCUGGCCUCGGCCUCCGCAGUCUGCCAGAGUAUAUUAGCGCUAAAGGCCUGCUGGGAGACGACGCCAAGCGGAAAAAUCCGCUUUUGGCGAUCGGGACGCAUGUGCACUUCGACCACUCGGGCGGCUUGCACCAGUUCCAACAGGUGGGCGUGCACGAGGCCGAGGUCGAUGCCCUGGCCAACGGAGACAACUUCGAGACGGUGACAUGGCUGUCCGACAGAGAGAUCGUGGAGAAUCCGUCUCCGGGCUGGACAGCCAGGCAGUACAGAGUGAAACCGGUGCAGCCCACCCACAUACUACAGGAAGGUGAUGUCAUCAACCUUGGAGACCGGCAGCUGACUGUACUCCACAUGCCAGGUCACUCCAGAGGCAGCAUCUGCCUCCAUGACAAGGACAACAAAAUACUGUUCAGUGGAGACGUGGUCUACGACGGCUCCAUGAUCGACUGGCUGCCCUACAGCGCCGUCGGUGACUACGUGCGCAGCUGCCAGAGGCUGGUCGAGAUGGUGGACAAGGAGGAAGUAGACCAGGUCAUGCCUGGCCACUAUAAUGCCUUCGGGGCCAAGAGGCUUCACCGGCUGGCCUCCACCUACAUCUCCAGUGCGGGAACGUGUCACAAGUUGACAACCUGUGCCGUGAAAUCUGUAGCCAGCCUGGCACUCCGAGCUUCCAACUCCUGCUGUGCCUGUUACUAGAUAUAAGAACUAUAUGCAACAAUAUACAGCACAAAUUCAGCACCGAGCGAUAAGGAUUGGCUGAGAUGAAAGGUGUAAGCGUGGAGGUUGUGUCUGUUGGAUACUCAACUGAAUGGAAUUAAUAAUGAAAAGUUAUUUAUAAGGCGUAGGUAUAAAUUUCCAGGUGUAAAUAUCGUUCAGUGAGUCAGACAGUUGCAUUCAAGUUGCAUCCGAGGCAAAAUCGUCCAUUCCUUUAGAAAUUUCCGUGCGCCUUUGUGUUUAAUGCGUCAGCCUGUAAUGAGUGAUCUGGGCUCUAUUGAUGUAGCUACUGAUGAAGCAUUCUUUCUUAUUACACAUUGUAGCAUAGAUUAUCACUCAUGGUAUUAGAGUUUUGGUAUUAUUGAGCUGCAUUUACUUUUCUUAAUCAAUAACCGAGCACCAGUCAAUAUUUUACCUCAGAUUAAAUGCAAUCUAAAGAGUAAAGCCUUCCAGAUCAACAUUUACAUUUUAGUUACAUUCCUGUAACCAAACAGGCCUGCUUAACCAAAACUACAGAAGAGUUGCUUAGCUCUCGAGUUACAGCCUAACAACGAAGACGUAAGAAUAAGGGUGAGCUGUUCUAGGAAAAUAAUCAAUGACAUGGUGGUGCGAUGCAACGCGGAGUUCUGUGCACCACCCCAGAGUCGGACGUUUUACAACAUCAGCGUUUUAUCUCGAAGUCAGUUUUCCAAAUCUAACAAAAAUAUAUUUUAUAAUAUACAUAUGAUAUAUGUAUUUCUCCCUAAUUUUAGUCUUUAGUUGCACUAAUCAGCUACGAACCAGGAAGGGUGAAGGCUAUCGCACGCUUCUUUGAGACACGUGCCAGCCGACCGCAUCAGUUUUGAACUGCUGCUCAGUGAGGUGGAAUGACAAACUCGGAGGAAGGGCUGUCCGCCCUUUUCCACAUGCACGAGCUCACAGUAGCCUAUGAUUAGCCACUGUCGCUGUGAUUGACAGGGGAGAGAGAGAGUACAACACCAUCCCCUCAGAGACAGCACAGACAUUUUUGCUCUCUUGACUUGUACAGCCAUGAAUGUGGCUUAGGGAAUGUCGGACUGAUGAAUGCUUUUCUGCUGUCCCAGUAUAUUUAUUGAAGAGCGACAGGCCAUACUUCUUUUCUUUUUUUUUCAGUUAUAGUUACUUUCAGUGUUGUGGAACAUCAGUGAGACUUCCUACUAAAGCUUUCCAUUUUAGAAAAGUUUUAAAAAUCUGAAGCUUGACCAUUACAAAAUACAGACACUACGUAAAUGCUAAAUCAAAUUCUCCUCACAGAAAACUUCAUAUCAAAAAUCACACACAUUUGUUCUUUGCAAAUCCACCAUGCAGGUUUGUGUAGAAGAUAUUGAACGUAGCUUUCCAAUAACAGGCAAAUAUUUAUAUAUUUUGUACAUGACAAUAGCCAGAUCGGAUAGAAGUUCAGUAUAUUUAAGAAAAAAGUCAGUUCCCAUGUCUGCUGAUGAUGUCGCUAACACUGCUGUAGUAACCUUUUAGAAUUAGGGAGUGGAAUUUUAUAUAGUGAGUGAAGCGAUGCACACAAUGAAACGCUCUACUACAUAUAAACCCUCUGGGAACGCCUGUUCUACAAUCAAAUUAGCAUAUAGUAAAGCGUGUAGUAGUGUUUGUGCCAUGUGCACUUGAUAAUGUAGCAACAAGCUCACGAUACAGUGACUUCAUAUAUGCAGAAACAUCCAGAGUGCUCAGUGACUCAAUUUGCACUGUAACAUCAGCUUAAAAGGAAAAACUUUCUUGAAUCGAAAGUGAACUGGACAUCUGCUUCAUGUCAGAAGCUUUUCAGUGUCAUAUUUGUAUGUAAUCCAGUUCAGUUAAGUAUCUCACAACUACACAGAACGUCUAGGGGAACUACACCAGUCGUACGCCAUCUUAUACGGUCGGAUAAUCCUGAAAGUGUUGCAAAAAUGGUUAUGAUUCUUUCAAAGGAUUUAAAAAAAAUGUACAGAGUUAAGUGUGAAGUGACGUUGCGGGGGAAAAAAAAAAGUAGAUGUAGCUGAAUAUUAACACAUUUUAUGUACCAGAUGAAUGUAUUUCUGAGCAAGUGCAUACUGUAUAGUGUGAGGAAUAUAAAGCUUGGUGUGCUGAACGGGUGACGAUCUUCCAUCACUGUUUUCCGUCACCCGGUUAACGAUGAAGUUCCUUGUAAAUAGUAAAUGUUUGCUGAAAUCGAGACAGGGUAGAGUUGUUGAGUAUGAAGUCGAGGAAGGUGUGCAGAUCGAUGUGUUGCGUGCCAAAGCGGACCCUGCAUGCGCCAGUUGUAAAGCACAGACAAUUCAAGCGAAUCUUGAGUCGGAAGCUUCAUUAGAUUAUUAUAACAUUGUUUGUGAUUCAUUCAUGUUGAGUUAAUGAUGACUUUUUAGGAUGAUAUCAAUAUAUUCUGUAAUACUUUCUUUUCUUUAUUUUAGUUUCACUUUCCACCUGUGCAUGGUAUGCAUGUGUUUAGACACUGCACUUUAUUUUCCUUCUACGAGCACAAAUGUUUUUCAGUAACACUUUCUAGCAUUUAUAAUGAUCUGUACAUUCAUUCAUACAUUGAUAUAGUUGAAAUGCAUUCAUAAGGCAAGAUUUUAAAUAUGCAAUUUAUUUCUUUAUUAUGUAGAGAAUCAUACAUGCUUACUAUGAAUAAGUAGUGCACAUAAUACGUUGUCCGGGUUUGAGUCCCAUGCAUGCAGGCAGGGAAGCAACCCAGUCACCGAGGGGUUAACUCUCAUCCGCUAUGAAUCUCGGCUUGCUCACUGUAUCGUAUUAUUUUACGAUAGAAAUUCACUACUAUAACAUUUAUUUUCUUUGGCAUUUAUUAUCACUGAUAAUAGAAUGAUAACCAUACUUUUAAUGCAUGAUGUAAAAAUGCAUCCUGCCUAAUGAAUUGGCUAUAAAUUGUAAUACAUUUUCAGAAAUCAUUUUAAAUGCUUAUAAUGCCUUAUGAAUGCAUUCUGUUCAUUCUCUCAUUUGACAGCCUUCAUAGAAAUUGUUAGGCAUUUUUUUCCAGUCUUUGUUCGAAUAAGUCGGUGUGUGUGAGAGCUGGGGAAACAAACUUCCACAUUUACCAUGCAAAUACCUUAUUGACCUCUUUUUACAAACAUACAGUCAACACGCUUCCCGUUCAGCUCAAGUGUUUUGCAAGGAUUAUACGUUUUUUUUUCUUCCUGCCUUUGGUUGAAAACACUGCAGAUCUUUUGUGUGGACAUACAAUGGUAUAAUGACGUGCCAUACGGAGACUGCAUUUUUGUAGUAUUAUACCUCACAUUAACAUAUAUUACAAGGCAUAACUCUAAGAAUGUGUGACAGUUAUGCAUAUGUGUGUAGUGUUCGUGUGUGGUGUUGAUGUUAAUGCUGCUGGAAACCUGUAUAUUUGGACUGUGUUGCUGCUCAGGAAUCCUGUAUAAAACCGUGCGUUUCGAGCAGAGCCUUACUGUACCAACGCUAUGUUUAGUGCCUCUAAGAGUGUUAACACACUGAUGAUACCUCACACUGCUGGAGCUACAGCUGGUGAAAUACACAGGCACCUGGUUAUUAAUAUACAAUAUACUGGCUUUCUAUUCUGAA